AUGGAGUACUUUUUAUCCACAACGUACGCUGGCGAGUCUCUGCUCUCCGGCUUUAACUGGUUCGAUGGGCUAGAUCCCUCUCAUGGAUUUGUUUCCUAUCAGAGUAGACAAAAUGCUCAUGCGAUGGGCUUAUACCAAGUCGAUGAUAGAACAGGAGUUGUUCGGCUAGGGGUUGACAGCACGAAUAACUAUUCCGUCUCGGAUAGGGUCUGGACGUAUGGUGACAACUGGCCGUACGACGGCGAGAUUGACAUCAUUGAAGGUGUCAACACAGCCCACACCAAUAUCAUAUCAGCCCACACGGCAGACGGAUGUAUUCAGGGCAAUGACAUCCUCGGCUUGUUCAGCGGCGAGCAAAUCAACACGGAAUGUGCGGUUGGCACUGAUAACAUUGGCUGCGGCUUUCAUCCCUCAUCUGAAGACACUUCAUCAUAUGGUGACGGGUUCAACGCUGCUCAUGGAGGUGUUUACGCCAUGCAAUGGGAUCAUGUGCAUAUUCGCAUUUGGCACUUCCCUCGUGGGUCGAUCCCGAGAGAUAUUGAGGCCAAGAGGCCCGAUCCUGACACAUGGGGACAGCCGAUUGCUAUCUUUGGGGGAUCGCAAUGCAGAGUUGACAGCUACUUUAAGAACAUGAGAUUGGUUCUCAAUAUUAGAGAAGAGCAACUCGAGACUGACCAAGAGAACCAGAACUUUUGCGGCGACUAUGGCGACGCUGUCUGGGGCAAAACAGAUCAAUGCGACGAAUUUGCCCCGACGUGCGAUGAAUACGUGGCAAGAAACCCAGAGGCCUUUACCAACGCAUACUGGGACGUGCAAUAUAUCGAUGCCUAUGAAUACCGUCCGCGUGUCCACGACCCCUGGCCAAGCUGGAACUCAACCCAGCCAAAGCCAAGCUGGAACUUGACUCUUCCUCGUCCUCGUCCGGGCCCCGACAGUGAUGAGCUUACAACGACUUUGUACAAGACAACUCGCUGGACCGAGACUGUGACGGUGUUUGCUACCGGGCAUGUUCCUCAUCGUCCCUGGGAUGGUCAAGUUCCUGCUGCGACGACUGAUGCUAUUGAACCGGUGGCAACGAGGGCACCUGUCAACCCCAUCAAGAUUAAUCACUAUUCAUACCUUGGUUGUUUCUACUCGAACAGCGGCUUUGAUACAUUCCGUGAAGUUGCUGACAGCAGAGACAUGACUCUCGAGCGGUGCGUCGAUCUAUGCAACAAGAAGACUUAUGUUGGCAUCUUCGACUCCCACUGUUUCUGCGCAGACAGCCUCGAUGCCGAAACAAUGGCGACCAAAAAGGAGGGCUUGUGCAACAAACAGUGUCCAGGAAACAACUUUGAGUUCUGCGGCGGCAUAGUUACGCCCCGGGACAUCGAUGCGCCGCGCCAGAAGUUCGUGUCAGAGACUUUGCCGCUGCAUGCACUUACAGUGUACGGCUGUGUUGAAGACGAGAAGCUGGAGGCACCGCCGGCGAUGGCUCCGGGCUCGAAUUGGACGGAGAAGGGGUGGUCUAAGACGAUUACUGAGGUGACCGAGGUGACUGUUUUCCCGGUUUCCGAGCAGGAUUCUCGUGAAAAGGGUUGGCAGUGGGGUGACAAGCAUGAAGGUGAUUAUGAAUGGAGUGGUCACAAGAGUGAGAAGAAUGAUUGGCAGCAAGAUGAAGGUGAGAAGCACAAAGAUGACAAGCACAAGGAGUUCAAUCAAAGCUUUGAUGGAGACGAUUGUGAGUGUGACGACCAGGGUGGAGGCGGACACGAUUGGAACAACCAUAAAGGUCACAAUGAGGGCGACUGGAAAGAAUCCGCUUCGUGGGACCCCAUAACGGCGGAGGAAAAGAACAAGCAAGAGAAGUCUGAGAUGUCAGAGAUUGUGAUUCCAGUGACGGAGACGGUUGUUGACUGCCCUGAGACAAAGGAAGCUGUUGUGACACCGACAUGGUUGCCGCAUGUUGAUCCGAAGCCUUGGGUUUCUUCUGACCCUCCUCCGGCAUCACCAUUACAUGACGUUGAUUCUCACGAUCCUCCUUCACACGGUGACGAUCAUGAUAAGUCUCGUCCUCCGCCUUCAACGUUCCCGGAGACGCCCGUGAGCCCACCAGUGGUGCUUGUUGCAGGAGCAUCAACAAUGUAUGCAGGAUUGGAGAAAUAUCUGGCGAUUUUGGGGUUGAGCAUACUGGUUCUUACAAUGAGAAUCUUUUAA